CAAGGGUGACCUUUAUUCAGCUGUCUCCUUUUUGAUUCUCAUAACUUCUGGAUCUAUCAAGGACUGCUUACAUUAAAGGAGUUCCUCUUCCUUUGUUUCAUGAAAUUGAGCUUGCUUAAUCAGACAUGGAGCAAAUGGACUGCAAACCCUACCAGCCUCUCUCAAAAGUCAAGCAUGAAAUGGAUCUAGCUGAUACGAGUUCUUCUGAUGAAAGUGAAGAUGGACAAAAACCAAGACAGUCGUACAACUCCAGAGAAACUCUGCAUGAGUACAACCAAGAGCUGAGGAUGAAUUACAAUAGCCAGAGCAGGAAGAGGAAAGAAGUGGAGAAAUCUACUCAAGAGAUGGAAUUCUGUGAAACUCCUCACACUCUGUGCUCUGGCUACCAGACAGACAUGCACAGUGUUUCUCGGCAUGGCUACCAGCUAGAGAUGGGCUCUGAUGUGGACACGGAGACGGAAGGGGCGGCCUCACCUGACCACGCUCUGAGAAUGUGGAUACGGGGGAUGAAAUCAGAACACAGUUCCUGUUUGUCCAGCCGGGCCAACUCUGCACUGUCCUUGACUGACACAGAACAUGAAAGGAAGUCGGAUGGGGAGAAUGGUUUUAAAUUCUCUCCUGUUUGUUGUGACAUGGAGGCUCCAGCUGGGUCUACUCAAGACAUGCAGAGCAGCCCACACAACCAGUUCACCUUCAGACCCCUCCCGCCGCCGCCGCCGCCUCCGCAUGCGUGCACCUGUGCCAGGAAACCACCCCCUGCAGCCGACUCUCUUCAGAGAUCAAUGACUACCCGCAGCCAGCCCAGCCCAGCUGCUCCAGCUCCCCCAACCAGUACACAGGACUCGGUUCAUCUGCAUAACAGCUGGGUCUUGAAUAGCAACAUACCAUUGGAGACCAGGCAUUUCCUGUUUAAACAUGGGUCUGGUUCCUCUGCUAUCUUCAGUGCGGCCAGUCAGAACUACCCGCUGACGUCCAAUACUGUGUACUCGCCUCCUCCCAGGCCACUUCCUCGAAGCACCUUUUCCAGACCUGCCUUUACCUUUAACAAACCUUACAGGUGCUGCAACUGGAAGUGCACGGCCUUGAGCGCCACUGCAAUCACGGUGACUUUGGCCUUGUUGCUAGCCUAUGUGAUUGCAGUACAUUUGUUCGGCCUGACUUGGCAGUUGCAACCAGUUGAAGGACAGCUCUAUGAAAAUGGAGUUAGCAAAGGGAACAGAGGGACCGAAUCCAUGGAUACUACUUACUCUCCAAUUGGAGGAAAAGUUUCCGAUAAAUCAGAGAAAAAAGUGUUUCAGAAGGGACGGGCGAUAGACACUGGAGAAGUUGACAUUGGUGCACAGGUCAUGCAGACCAUUCCACCCGGCUUAUUCUGGCGUUUCCAGAUUACUAUCCACCAUCCUAUAUACCUGAAAUUCAAUAUUUCUUUAGCCAAGGACUCUCUGCUGGGAAUUUAUGGCAGAAGAAACAUUCCACCUACACACACGCAGUUUGAUUUUGUAAAAUUGAUGGAUGGAAAACAACUGGUCAAGCAGGAUCCUAAGGGCUCUGAUGAUACCCAGCACUCCCCUCGGAACCUGAUCUUAACCUCACUGCAAGAGACCGGUUUCAUAGAGUAUAUGGACCAAGGGCCUUGGUAUCUGGCAUUUUACAAUGAUGGAAAAAAGAUGGAGCAAGUAUUCGUGUUAACCACAGCAAUCGAAAUAAUGGAUGACUGUUCAACCAAUUGCAAUGGAAAUGGAGAGUGUAUCUCGGGCCAUUGUCAUUGUUUUCCAGGAUUCCUUGGGCCUGACUGUGCGAGAGAUUCGUGCCCUGUGCUGUGUGGCGGGAAUGGAGAAUACGAGAAAGGACACUGUGUCUGCCGAAAUGGCUGGAAGGGGCCAGAGUGCGACGUUCCAGAAGAGCAAUGCAUUGACCCAACAUGCUUCGGUCACGGCACCUGCAUCAUGGGGGUCUGCAUCUGUGUGCCAGGCUACAAAGGAGAAAUAUGCGAGGAAGAGGACUGCUUAGACCCGAUGUGUUCCAGCCAUGGCAUCUGUGUAAAAGGAGAAUGUCACUGUUCUACUGGUUGGGGAGGAGUCAACUGUGAAACCCCACUUCCUAUAUGUCAAGAGCAGUGCUCAGGACAUGGAACUUUUCUUCUGGACACUGGAGUGUGCAGCUGUGAUCCCAAGUGGACAGGAUCUGACUGCUCAACAGAGCUCUGUACCAUGGAGUGUGGUAGCCAUGGAGUCUGCUCAAGAGGAAUUUGCCAGUGUGAAGAAGGCUGGGUAGGACCAACAUGUGAAGAACGCUCCUGUCAUUCUCACUGUGCCGAGCAUGGCCAGUGCAAAGAUGGAAAAUGUGAGUGUAGCCCUGGAUGGGAGGGCGACCACUGCACAAUUGCUCACUACUUAGAUGCUGUCCGAGAUGGCUGCCCAGGGCUCUGCUUUGGAAAUGGGAGAUGUACCCUGGAUCAAAAUGGUUGGCACUGUGUGUGUCAGGUGGGUUGGAGCGGGACAGGCUGCAAUGUUGUCAUGGAAAUGCUUUGUGGAGAUAACUUGGACAAUGAUGGAGAUGGUUUGACGGACUGUGUGGACCCUGAUUGUUGUCAACAAAGCAACUGUUAUGUAAGUCCUCUCUGUCAGGGCUCACCAGAUCCUCUUGAUCUCAUUCAGCAAAGCCAACCCCUCUUCUCUCAGCACACCUCAAGACUCUUCUAUGAUCGAAUCAAAUUCCUCAUUGGCAAGGACAGUACUCACGUCAUUCCUCCAGAGAUCUCAUUUGACAGCAGGCGUGCUUGUGUGAUUCGAGGCCAAGUGGUGGCCGUAGAUGGAACCCCUUUAGUAGGGGUGAAUGUUAGUUUCUUGCACCACAGUGAUUAUGGGUUUACCAUCAGCCGGCAAGAUGGAAGCUUUGACCUCGUAGCCAUUGGCGGUAUUUCCGUCAUCUUAAUUUUUGACCGAUCACCUUUCCUGUCUGAGAAGAGGACACUCUGGUUACCUUGGAAUCAGUUCAUUGUGGUAGAGAAAGUAACCAUGCAGAGAGUUGUAUCAGACCCACCAUCCUGCGACAUCUCCAACUUUAUCAGCCCAAACCCUAUUGUGCUUCCUUCACCACUCACAUCAUUUGGAGGUUCCUGUCCAGAGAGGGGAACUAUUGUUCCUGAGCUGCAGGUUGUACAGGAAGAGAUCCCCAUUCCUUCCAGCUUUGUGAGGCUGAGUUACCUGAGCAGCCGCACCUCUGGGUAUAAAACCCUCCUCCGGAUCCUUCUGACACAUUCGACCAUUCCUAUGGGAAUGAUAAAAGUACACCUCAUGGUAGCUGUGGAAGGGCGACUCACGCAGAAGUGGUUUCCUGCUGCAAUUAAUCUCAUCUACACAUUUGCUUGGAACAAGACUGACAUCUAUGGUCAGAAGGUUUGGGGCCUGGCAGAGGCUUUGGUAUCUGUGGGAUAUGAAUAUGAAACAUGCCCUGACUUUAUUCUCUGGGAGAAAAGGACAGUCAUCUUACAAGGCUUUGAGAUGGAUGCUUCUAACCUAGGAGGCUGGUCAUUGAAUAAGCAUCAUAUUUUGAAUCCUCAAAGUGGAAUCAUACAUAAAGGGAAUGGAGAAAAUAUGUUCAUUUCCCAGCAGCCCCCAGUCAUAUCAACCAUAAUGGGUAAUGGACACCAACGAAGCGUAGCCUGUACCAACUGCAAUGGCCCAGCUCACAACAACAAACUCUUUGCUCCUGUUGCCUUAGCUUCUGGCCCUGAUGGUAGUGUGUAUGUUGGCGACUUUAAUUUUGUAAGACGAAUAUUUCCCUCGGGAAACUCCGUUAGUAUUUUGGAAUUAAGAAACAGAGAUACCAGACAUAGCACAAGUCCUGCUCACAAAUACUAUCUGGCUAUGGACCCUGUGUCUGAAUCACUUUAUCUAUCAGACACCAACACUCGAAAAGUCUACAGGUUGAAAUCUCUUGUGGAAACAAAAGAUCUGUCCAAGAAUUUUGAAGUGGUGGCAGGAACAGGUGAUCAGUGCCUUCCCUUUGACCAGAGUCACUGUGGAGAUGGCGGGAGAGCAUCAGAAGCUUCACUGAACAGCCCUCGAGAACACUUGAUCAACCAUCCUCCCCCAACUUUGCCAGACAACACCAACGUUGCUGAAAUUCCUGAGACGGGGGAACCAGUGCGAUUAGAGUGGCCAACAGACCUUGCAGUCAAUCCCAUGGACAAUUCAUUGUAUGUCUUGGAUAACAACAUUGUGCUGCAAAUUUCUGAGAACAGACGUGUGCGGAUCAUUGCAGGACGCCCCAUUCACUGCCAGGUGCCAGGCAUCGAUCAUUUCUUGGUCAGCAAGGUGGCAAUUCACUCCACUCUGGAGUCAGCCAGGGCCAUCAGCGUCUCCCACAGCGGGCUGCUCUUCAUAGCUGAAACAGACGAGAGGAAAGUAAACCGCAUUCAGCAAGUCACCACCAACGGAGAGAUCUCCAUCAUAGCUGGUGCCCCUACUGACUGUGACUGCAAAAUUGAUCCCAACUGUGACUGUUUUUCAGGUGAUGGUGGCUAUGCCAAAGAUGCAAAAAUGAAAGCCCCUUCCUCCUUAGCAGUGUCACCUGAUGGUACCCUAUACGUCGCAGACCUUGGGAAUGUUCGAAUUCGUACCAUUAGCAGGAACCAAGCCCACCUGAAUGACAUGAACCUUUAUGAGAUUGCUUCACCUGCUGACCAGGAGCUCUACCAGUUCACUGUCAAUGGAACCCACCUGCACACCUUGAACUUGAUAACACGGGACUAUGUAUAUAAUUUCACCUACAAUGCCGAAGGUGACUUAGGUGCGGUUACCAGCAGCAAUGGCAACUCUGUGCACAUUCGCCGUGACGCAGGCGGGAUGCCCCUUUGGCUUGUGGUGCCUGGCGGGCAGGUGUACUGGCUGACCAUAAGCAGCAAUGGAGUCCUGAAAAGAGUGUCAGCCCAAGGCUAUAAUCUGGCCUUGAUGACCUAUCCGGGAAACACGGGGCUUUUGGCUACCAAAAGUAAUGAAAAUGGAUGGACAACUGUUUAUGAAGAAAAACUUACUAACAAUGCUAACACUUACUUGAUGCUGGCCCAUAACCGAAACCUGCUCUCCAUAGAUUUUGAUCAUAUAACUCGCACGGGAAAGAUCUACGAUGACCACCGGAAAUUCACCCUUCGAAUUCUUUAUGACCAGACUGGACGACCUACUCUGUGGUCUCCCGUAAGCCGAUAUAAUGAAGUGAACAUCACAUAUUCACCUUCGGGAUUGGUGACGUUUAUUCAAAGAGGGACGUGGAAUGAAAAAAUGGAAUAUGACCAGAGCGGAAAAAUAAUUUCAAGAACUUGGGCUGAUGGAAAAAUUUGGAGCUAUACCUACUUAGAAAAGUCUGUGAUGCUUCUCUUACAUAGCCAGCGGCGCUACAUCUUUGAGUACGACCAGUCGGAUUGUCUGCUCUCAGUCACCAUGCCGAGUAUGGUGCGCCACAGCCUACAAACCAUGCUUUCAGUGGGCUACUACCGGAACAUCUACACCCCGCCAGACAGUAGCACUUCUUUUAUCCAAGACUACAGUCGGGACGGCCGACUGCUGCAGACCCUGCAUCUGGGAACAGGGCGCAGAGUUUUAUACAAAUACACCAAGCAAGCCAGGCUGUCUGAAGUUCUCUAUGAUACCACUCAGGUCACAUUAACAUAUGAAGAGUCUUCUGGAGUCAUUAAGACAAUACACCUGAUGCACGACGGCUUCAUUUGCACGAUCAGAUAUAGGCAAACAGGACCUCUUAUUGGACGCCAGAUCUUCAGAUUCAGCGAAGAGGGGCUGGUGAACGCUCGGUUUGACUACAGCUACAACAACUUCCGAGUUACCAGCAUGCAAGCUGUGAUCAAUGAAACCCCUUUGCCCAUAGAUCUGUACCGAUAUGUUGAUGUUUCCGGUAGAACAGAACAGUUUGGAAAAUUCAGUGUCAUUAAUUACGAUUUAAAUCAGGUCAUAACCACUACGGUGAUGAAGCACACCAAGAUCUUCAGUGCCAACGGACAAGUUAUUGAAGUCCAAUAUGAAAUCCUAAAGGCUAUUGCCUACUGGAUGACAAUUCAAUAUGAUAAUAUGGGGCGUAUGGUGAUAUGUGAUAUAAGAGUGGGAGUAGAUGCCAACAUAACGAGAUACUUCUAUGAAUACGAUGCCGAUGGGCAACUUCAGACUGUUUCUGUAAAUGACAAAACCCAGUGGCGUUAUAGUUAUGAUCUGAAUGGAAACAUCAACCUCUUAAGCCAUGGAAAUAGUGCUCGUCUUACUCCUCUCCGAUAUGACCUCCGAGACCGCAUCACCAGACUCGGAGAAAUUCAGUAUAAAAUGGAUGAAGAUGGCUUUCUGAGGCAGAGGGGAAAUGACAUAUUUGAAUAUAAUUCUAAUGGUCUGCUGCAGAAAGCCUACAAUAAGGCUGCUGGCUGGACUGUGCAGUAUUACUAUGAUGGGCUUGGGCGACGUGUCGCCAGUAAGUCCAGCCUAGGGCAGCACCUUCAGUUCUUUUAUGCGGACCUGGCCAACCCCAUAAGAGUUACUCAUUUGUACAACCACACGAGCUCAGAGAUUACAUCCCUGUAUUAUGAUCUCCAAGGUCACCUUAUUGCCAUGGAGCUAAGCAGUGGUGAAGAAUAUUAUGUAGCUUGUGAUAAUAUAGGCACCCCACUGGCUGUGUUCAGCAGUCGAGGUCAGGUGAUAAAAGAGAUAUUGUACACGCCUUAUGGAGAUAUCUAUCAUGACACUUACCCUGACUUUCAGGUCGUCAUUGGUUUCCAUGGAGGACUCUAUGAUUUGCUUACUAAAUUAGUGCACCUGGGGCAAAGGGAUUACGAUGUUUUUGCUGGCAGGUGGACAACGCCUAAUCAUCACAUAUGGAAACAGUUGAACCUCCUUCCUAAACCAUUCAACCUCUACUCCUUUGAAAAUAACUACCCAGUUGGCAAAAUUCAAGAUGUUUCAAAGUAUACCACAGACAUUGGAAGUUGGUUGGAGCUGUUUGGUUUCCAGUUACACAAUGUUCUACCUGGAUUUCCCAAACCAGAAUUAGAAAAUUUGGAAUUAACUUAUGAGCUUCUACAGCUUCAGACAAAAACUCAAGAGUGGGAUCCUGGAAAGACUAUUCUGGGUAUUCAGUGUGAGCUCCAGAAACAGCUCAGGAAUUUCAUUUCCUUGGACCAACUUCCUAUGACUCCCCGAUACAAUGAUGGACGGUGCCUUGAAGGAGGGAAGCAACCAAGGUUUGCGGCUGUUCCUUCUGUUUUUGGAAAAGGUAUAAAAUUCGCCAUCAAGGAUGGCAUAGUAACAGCUGAUAUUAUAGGAGUAGCGAAUGAAGAUAGCAGGCGGCUUGCUGCCAUUCUCAAUAAUGCUCAUUACCUGGAAAACCUACAUUUUACCAUAGAGGGGAGGGACACUCACUACUUCAUUAAGCUUGGGUCUCUGGAGGAAGACCUGGUGCUCAUCGGUAACACUGGGGGGAGGCGGAUUCUAGAGAAUGGUGUCAAUGUCACUGUGUCCCAGAUGACUUCUGUGUUGAAUGGGAGGACUAGACGGUUUGCAGAUAUCCAGCUCCAGCACGGGGCUCUGUGCUUCAACAUCCGGUAUGGGACAACUGUCGAAGAGGAAAAGAAUCACGUGUUGGAGAUUGCCAGACAACGUGCUGUUGCCCAGGCCUGGACUAAGGAACAAAGAAGACUGCAAGAAGGGGAGGAGGGUAUUCGAGCAUGGACAGAGGGAGAAAAGCAGCAGCUUUUGAGCACUGGGAGGGUACAAGGUUAUGAUGGGUAUUUUGUUUUGUCUGUUGAGCAGUAUUUAGAACUUUCUGACAGUGCCAACAAUAUUCACUUUAUGAGACAGAGCGAAAUAGGCAGGAGGUAACAAAAAAAAUCUCUGCCUUUGCGUCACCAAAGACUGCCUGUUUUUAAAACAUAAAAUGGUUUAUUGUAUUGGUUUUCUAGAUCAGAACUCUGUAUAUGUAAAUAUGGAGGAAAAACAUAUCCAACUGCCUUUCAAUGUGACGGAAGAUGGUAUUUUAAUAUUGUUUGUUUAAACUCUUUAAGAAAUGACAGAGAUUUUUAGUUCUUGUGUGGCAGUAUUCAAAAUAACACAAGUAAAAGAGCUAAAAAAAAAAGUUUUCAGAAAGCACCACUUUAAAUUUGUCAAGCCAUGCAUAUGUUCAAAUAUAAAGGACCCAAGGUUCUCUAUCUCUAUUGUGACACGAAAUUUCACGUUUAACUGUUGGCAGAACUUGUGGGCUAUUUGAAAAUGUGGUGCAAUAGUAUUCUGAACCCUGCUUUUCGAAAGACUGCCAGCCCUUUCACAUUUCCCAGAUCCGUUAUAGGAAACUUACAAACAAGUGUAAAAUGUCCUCAGCCACCAUCUCCCAGAGUCAGGACCCAUUCGCCCUUCCUCCCUGAUUAUUCCUCCUUGCUUGUUAAAGUAAAUGCCAUGUUCUUGUGCUGUGUUUUGGCGUGUGGUGGCUGGGUUCUGCCUACCACGCCUCCCUAUGGGUGUGGUAACAGGACUGAAUUACCACUAUUUGCUUGUGUGUACAUGAUACCAAGGCACCUGGCCAGUGUAACUUCUCCCACAACCUGUUUUGACUACUUUUUUUUUUUUUUUUUUUUACCAAAUUGUAAGCAUAGCUUUUAUUAACCUGGGUAGGAAUUUCUCAUUUAUAUAAAGCGUGUGCUUUUGGUCAUAGUUUCACAUUAGUGAUUCCAUACUGAUACACUAAUCCAGUGGUGUUGUGCACACGGAAGGUAAUUUACUACAAAUGAUUCUGGUACAAAAAAAUAAAAGAGACUUUAGCAGGCAUACGUGCCUGGAAUACCGAUAAAUACGUUCACUACUACUGCAGAAAUUCACAAGAGCCAAAACCUUUAUAAAAACAGACCUAGUACUAAGACGAAAGGAAAAUACUAAAGGGAAGACCAAACCAAACAUUACAGUAGUUGCUGCCACAUUGACUCAUCCCACUUAGAUUUAUCUUUCAAAUGUACAAUUCUGUAUUGAACAUCUCCCAGCCACAGUCAGGAAAUUUAAUUAAACGAACCCUUUCCAAUCUAAAACAUUUCAACUCAUUAUAGAGAGGCAGACUGUUUUUUUUACUAAAAUAAUUUAUACGGUUAGUUAUUUUGGUUCUCUGUCUUUACCCAUUUAUUUUUAUUUAAUCAUCUGUCCUGCCUGGGAAAAUAACUAUUUUCCAGGAAAGCUUAUUUUGUUCCAUGAUCAGUUAAACUUUGGAAAAAGAUCAGGAUUAGUGGUAAUAUCAGCUGCAGUUUCUCAAUCUUUAUGAAUCCUGUAGUAAAAAGAAGUCCCUUGGUGAGCUGCGAGAUUUGUGCCCAGUGACAAAGAGACAGUUUGUGAAAACGCUGUGUAAUUGUAAGUUACCACAAAUGAAAAUACAUGACAGCACAAUGUGGCCUGCUGAAAAUUCCCCUGAGCCAGCUUCAGCACCUUUCAUCACUGGGUCUGCACAUUCGCUAUGUCUGAAGGAGAAUUUAUGAUGGAAUGUUACAGUUUGGAUUCUUUCCAGCUACUACCUAAAUGCAGUGUGGGGUCAUUGCCUUGCUUUGUGAUGACAGUCUUCUUUGAAAAUAUGCAAAGUCAGAAUUCAGGCUCCCGUUAAGGUUUUUAAAGAGUCUGAUUUCUUACUCCACCAAGUGGAAGGACAGAAAGGCAAGGACCUGCAGACAGCAGGGGAGGGUGGAUCCAAACAUUUCAUUUUCAAAAACUUCACAUUGGGAUUACCACAUUCUUACGCAUGUAUUCCGAGAGAAAGACAGAGAGAAAGAGAGAGAAUUCAUGAUGAACUCCUCUCUCUUUUUAAGUGGAAGCACACCAGCUCAAGAGAUUACUGAUAGAGACUACAAUCAUAUUACUGUGUUGUUUUUUUCCCCCUGAAUCAGGCCUGUGUUAGUGGUACAGUAUUUAUUCAGCACGGGAUUCUAAAAUUAUGAACAAACUUGUUGAAAAUUUGAAUACCUCCACACCAGCCUAAAAAUGGACCUUAAGUUCCUAGAAACUCUGAAGUUCUUUUAAAUCAAUGGAAAAAUAAUUUGCGAACUGUAUAUAGAGAGUGCAUUCAUAAAUGUGAUGAUGUAUUUUAUCACUAAUCCAAGAUGUCAAUAUUAGAGUCUAUUUUGCUUAUAUUUUAAGCGAUUAUUAUACUUUUUUGCAAUUCACUGAUGAUGUAUCAUUUUCAAACUGCUUUAAAUAUCCAUUAGGAACAAAUAUUUGAAGCUUUUACUUAAUAGUGAUUACCUUGAACUGUGCAUUUCUAGUUUGUAAUACAUAUUUAUUUAGUUUGUGCCUUUAGUUUCUUAAAGUUGUAUUAUAUUCAGGAAAUGCACUUUUUAUCACUUAUAGCUGUGGUUUUAAUACUGCCUUGAACUAUUAUUUUUCUCUUUACCACUUCCAAAGUUUUUGGGAGGAAAGAGAAAAAAACCCAAAAGGUUAGCACCAAUGAACAGUAAAUCUAAGAGAAACAUUUUGGCAUUUCUUAAUAAGAACGUGGAGAUAUUGGGUACAUCGUUCAGCUGAAUACAAGGAAUGCCUUCAUAGAUUUGCAAUUCUGAAGUUUAACUUAAUGAAAGAACAAUUUGUUUGCAUUUCCUGAUGAAAGUAAAUGUAUCUUAAAGGGAAAUAUUUGAAUUUCUCAUACCCAGAGCACAGGCAGCUGACACUGCAUAACCACACACCAUUCAAGCACGUUCGAAUGAGAGCACGCUAGUUGGGGCUCUCAUGAAGAACAUUCUGGGCUGGAGGCAGGGACUACUCUGUGGUUGUUUCUUUUUCCUAGUUAGGCCCACUUUACUUGUGCUGUUUUGUUUUAUUUUGUUUCGUUUUGUUUUUACUCUUGCACUACGGUCUAGAGAUCCAAAUGAACUGCAAAGUUUGCAGUUUAACAGACAUUUGAUUACAUUUAUUUUUAGUUGUCAUUCUAAUCAUUAUUGAUUAGAAGCAUGACUCCUGAAGGAAAGGGAAAUAAAGCCCAAUUCAUCCUAAUUUCUAGCAAAACACUCACCAUAUAAAUAGGCAUAUGUUUUAUUUUUAACCCAGCAAAAUACUGUAUAAAAUAAGCGUGUCCUUUACUGUCAAUUUAUCUAGAAGAUCUAUAAUAUAUAGACUAUAUAUAUAUAAUAUAAUAUAUAUACAACAUAGCCAAAUGUAUAAAAACUUGACAAUGUAUAAUUUGGAAUUCACAGGCUAACUACAUAGAGAGGUAUAAAAUUGAAUGAUAAUUUUUCUAAGAUUUUUCUUUUUCAUAACUGUUGACACAGUUUCAAGCAUUCUAUCAUAUUGUUCCUACUCUUUUUUUUUCUUUCCUUUUUUUAAAAUCUAUUUUUAACCAGACCAGGCCCCACUGUAAUAUCACCUGAGAGAGUCAGGGCGAAGUUUUUACAUUUAUAAAGAUACAUUCCUGUAAGGGCAAUUGUAAUGGAAGCAAAAGUAUAGGAAUCAAGUAUUGAAACACACUCUUUGGAAGAGACUGGAGUGUAUUCUAGCUUGUGGAAAGACAGAAGGCUACAGAUUGGAUGCGACAUUCUUGUUUUCUUGGAGGAACUCACAUACACGUAGCUGACCUGACUAGUACUUCAGAUCUCAGACUGCUCUUCCACAGCCUUCUGUAAGGUUCUUUAUUCUGCAAAGGAAAAAACAAAACAAAAAAAACACAAAAAAACAAAAAAGACCAAAAAAACAAAAAAAAACAAAAAACAAAAAAGCAAAACAAAAAAAAAACAGAAAACAACAAACAACAAAAAAGAAUUCAACCACAAAAUAGUGACUGUUAGUUCAGUGUGUCCUUCACGUGAAAGCUAUUAAGGACCAAACCUACUACUGUGUGUACGAAGAAAUUACUUCCUAAACAGUAACUGAAAAUAGUUAGUUAAACUUGCUGUGGAUUUUGUCUUGGCAGUUGUCAUCUUACAUUAUUUGUCAAAGGAAAUGUGUUUGGCAGUUAAAAAUCUUUCCUUAGAUUUAGUGGUGGACUUUAACCUCUUAAAUAAAUGUUAGUAUAUCAGAUUGUGUCCUUGAAAAAUAUUUUACUUGUAUGAAUCAUGACAAUGUCUAAAUCUUUACUCUUCUUCUGGCAAAAGCAUCGGUAAGAAAGAAGGUGAAAAAGAGAAGUAUAGCCUUUACGUCAGAAAAAUAUUCUUUUUAGCUGCUUACUUUCUCAUGAACAGUAAAAAUGUUUACAGUGUAUGCCACUUUCAGUUUCUAUAUAACAACAGUUAGAGGUUCUAAUCAUACUGAAAAUUGUGUUAUAAUGGCGUGAGCCAUGUUGCUAGGAAACAAUAGGUUCCAAUUUUGUAUUCCUGCUCUCACUCCUGUGCUGAAAAGUGACUGGAUACUGUACAGGUUCAUGUUCUCUGGCUGCAGUUAAAUGGUCUUUUGCAUUUUGCUCUGGCUUUCAGGCCAGAAGCAUGCAUUUUUCUACAAGAGCAUCACAACAACGUGCUGUAAAUAUUUAAAGUUCAACAUUAUGUGUCGAUAUUUGAAAGAAAAAAGUACUUUGAAUAUUUCAUUUUUAAAAAAUAAAAUUGCAAAUGAA